AUGUUGUGUAUUUCCAAUACAAAUGCGAUAAAGAAUGCAAAAAUAACAUCUGAGAGAAUUGAGGCUCAAAAGAAUGAAGACCAUCUACAAAUACUGGAAAAUGAGCAGGAAGAAAAGGAAUAG